AAUAAGUUAUGAGGUGUAUCGAGAAAGAAAUUCUUCUGAAAACUCUUUGCUCCCCCUUUGAGUUUUAGACCUUAGCGUUUAGCAGGAAAGUCUGAACAAUUACAGGAAGUAUGGGCCUCAUACUUUUUUUCAGCAUAUUCAGCAUCUUUUAAAUGGACAAACUACAGAUGUCAUUCUGAAGCAUUUUUAAGAUAGGCUUCCUUAAACACAUAAGCCAUUUUGACCUGUAGACGAGGUGAAUAAAAUGUUCUCGUUUUUUUAUAUAAUAUAUGUUGUGUUGUGUAAAUAUUCUAUUGAUAAUUAAAUUGCAUUUCCUUGUGGUCGGUGCUUGGUUUUGAGCCAUGUCAAACAAAAAGCCAGCAAGGGCCUCCGGAAUCAUUGUGCUCCACUGUUGACACAGUUAUCAAAUCUCAAACAGUAAAGUACAGUACACCCCUUGUGUGCAUGGAUCAAGGAGCGACCAGCGUGUGUCUGGAAGCCGAUGUAGACCUGAACUGACCUCUCGUAGUUCAUAUUGCUCUGUUCAGCAGCCAAGAAAGAACAAUAUCAAUAUCGGCCCCUUUGGGAAUGCCCCCUUUUUUAUUUUUUUAUUUAAACUUAUUUAGUAUUAGUUUUUGUAAGAUUUGUAGGGCCUAUGAAAAAAUCAUGAACGAUGAUGAACAUUGCAAAUUGAUUUUACGUGUUGCCAGAUUAAACUUUUUGAAUUUUGCAAGAAAUAAGGGUGGCUCGUCAGGAUGUCCUCAUGCUGCUGUCUGAACUCUCCUUGCCCCGUGAGAACACCACCAAACCCCUUCGGAGCAACAGCGCAUAGAGCAGGCGAAGGGAAGCAGCUCGUCCCGUCCACUGCCGAAGAAGUGGUCGAUUAUCUGGAAUACGCAACAAGCCGGACUGAAAUGGACGUAGCCUUACUCAGAGAGCAGUACAGAUUGACCAAAGAGAACAAGAUGAGGCAGAACCGGGUGGUCGUGUUCAGAAGAGCGACCCCUGACCCCUGGCACGAUCACUUGGCCCUCCACCGGUGCCCUAGCACCCCUCCUGUGGUCACACUAUCACCCCCGGCACAGACCAGCACCGCCGCUGGUUCCCAUUGGCCUCCACCACACAGGAGGCACUCCGAGGCGGGGAGCUUUAAGCCGAAGAACAAAGUUGAAAGAUAUGUUGACUCUGCAGCGGGUUUAAAGGGCAGCUGCCCCAACAUCUCCUCAAAGGAUCCGCUCUCUGGCUGCGUCCACAUGGCAGGAGCCCGUCAGCUGGACGGUUUCCUCAAGAUUGCUCCCAGAGAAGAGGGCGGAGGUGAGUCCCUCACUGGCACCUCGGAGGGCUUCUCCUUUGAAGGCUCUUUCACAAGUUUGGAAGAGAGUUACACCCCUCCUGGUUGCUCCCUCACGCCCUCAGCCUGCAGUUCAGUCGCUGAUCCAUAUGAAACCGAGGAUUAUGACAAGCCACUGGAGGGUAGCCAUGGUGGCUACGGCCUAGCGUGUCCUGUGGUCGGGAGGCUUGCUGCGCCUGUGCCAACCCCCAACCGAAGCCAGAGUUUUGGGGUGCAACCACUACGACCUACCCUUGUUCCUGAUCAACACCAUUACUCCACCUACUAUCCUUUCCCCAACAGGAGGUCCAUAAAAAAGUCUGAGGCAGCCAAGAAACUGGGCAUGUAUUCCAGCUUUUAACCCUGAACAUUGGAUCGUGGAACGAUAGCAUGACGAUAAGACCCUCUCACAAUAAAACGCCCUGCGCAUCAGAGAACUACUCUCCUAUUUCUUUAUCUUUGACUGUUAAUGUGGAGGAAUGGAUGUGUUGAAUGUAUGCUCUUUGAAUUACGCUUUAAUUUGUACGCUCUGAAUCUCUACGUAAUGUAGCAUCCCUGAAAUGCUUUACUGAAAGGUAGACAGGGUUGGGCAACAGAGAUGUUGGGUGGAUUGGGCUGCUGUAACUUUUAACUAAUCUCUUUUGAGGGUCAUCAACACUGCUUUAAAGUACUCAUGAAAAUGAAAUUCUAUGAAUGACUAAAUCAGAAUCAAUGUAAUUUUUUUUAUAUUGGUGUCUGUCAAUGAAAUAUUGACACAAUUGAAUGUGAAUUAAAAAGACACAGAUUGUAUCCUGUUGCAUUUCUGUAGCUUAAGAAAUUGUAAUAAGAGGCUCAAUAACAUUUUAUUUUUCUAUUGGGCACUGUUGUAUAAACAACUGAGGCUAUAGCAUUAUACAAUGUUAUGGUAUAUUGCACUAUGGCAUUGUGCAUUAUUGAUCAUAUAAAAAUGUUAUUUGAUCGUCCGAUCGUUUUAUUCCUUUACAUAUUAGUAGGCUUAAUGUGUGUAGAAUAAAUCGUAUGUAAAACAAUUAUAAUGUGGGCAAAUAAAUUAGAUAGUUCAGUAA